GGACGCGUCACCGGUUACCAUGGAGACCGCGCUGUUUACCUCCCAGUUCUGCAAGAGCUCCGGACUCCCGUGGGAAGGAGGCUCCCCUCCUGAGCUUGUGUAGUAGUUCUUUGUGGCGCAGAGGGCUUUGGAAACCUCAAAUGGCGAGAUUGCUACAGCAUCCACCCAAGUUCCUGCCCUCAGAGUGGCACAUUGCCAACAAGAACCAGUGCCACAAAGCAGAGGCCCAAAGGUCCCGGUCUGAGCGCCUGGUGGCUGAAAGCCAGAGGCUUGUGGAUGAAAUUGAAAAGACCACAAGAAAAUCUCAAAGUGAUGUGAACAAGAAACUAGAGCAGAGACUCGAGGAAAUCAGAUUCUGGAAGAAGGAGUUAGAUGACAAACUUGAGCAGCUUGUGUUUGCGACCGAAGAUCUACUCAUCUAUCAGACCCGAUUGGAGAAAGCCCUGGAGAGCCUGAAGGAGCCCUUGCACAUCACUCAGACGUGCCUGGAGUACAGGGAGAAGCGAGUGGGCAUUGACUUGGUGCACGAUGAGGUGGAGCAGGAACUGAUAAAGGAGGCCGACGUCAUCCAGGGGGUGAUGGCCCUGCUGACCCGCACCUUGGAGGAGACGACCGAGCAGAUCAGGGUCUCCCGAGAACUUGUAGGUGCCAUCUGGGCAUUCCAGAGGGAGAAACCUGUACCUUCUCCCUUCAGGCUGAACCGCUCUGCCAAGUACAAUCUUGAAAAGGAUCUGAAGGACAAGUUUGUGGCCCUGACCAUCGACGACAUCUGCUUCGCACUCAACAACAACUCGCCAAAUAUCCGAUAUUCUGAGAACGUCAUGCGGGUUGAGCCAAACUCUGUGAGUCUGGAAGACUGGCUGGACUUCUCCAACACCAACGUGGAGAAGGCUGACAAGCAGAGGAACAGCUCCCUGCUGCUGAAAGUGCUGGUGGACCGAGUCCUGUCACAGACGGCCAGCGACCUGCACAAGCAGUGUGAUGUGGUGGACACGGCCUUCAGGAACGGGCUGAAGGAGACCAAGGGUGCUAGGGACAAGCUGGCUGAUCAUCUGGCCAAGGUCAUGGAAGAGGUUGCUUCCCAGGAGAAAAACGUGGCUGUUCUUGAAAAAGCCAUCCUUGAUCAAGAAGGGCCUGCUAAGGUGGCUCACACACGCCUGGAGACCAGGACACAUCGGCCUAACGUGGAGCUGUGUCGCGAUGUCGCGCAGUAUAGGCUGAGGAAGGAGGUUCAGGACAUCACCCACAGCGUUGCAAGAUUGAAGGAAACAUUAGCCCAAGCUCAUACAGAGCUGAAAGGGCUGAAUCGCAGACAACUCGCUCUGCAGGAGGAAAUCCAGGUCAAGGAGAACACCAUCUACAUCGACGAGGUGCUGUGUAUGCACCUGAGGAAGUCCAUCCCGCUGCGGGAUGGGGAUGACCACGGGGAGUGGGCCGGGGGCCUCCGUCCGGACGCUGUCUGCUAAACGUAGGGAUAGUUCAGAUUCUCAUUAAACCAUGUCACCAAACGGUA